UGGGAGCGGGAACUGGUCCAACUGGUUGGUUCAUCAUUUCCUUGUUAUGAGUCGGACGGUUUGCUGUGGCUCACUUCAUCACAGCAGGAAGACGACUAAGGUCUCCAGUCUACUAUGGAUGAGGAGAGAGAGGAGGGGGGUCCUACCUCUAAGACCACUCUGUCGGGGGAACAUGGCCGCCGGAGCAAAGCUACGAGGCCAGAGCAGCAGCAGAGAGCAGACUCCCCUGGACCCAGCUGUGUCUCCAUGAAGAGUGACCACUCUAUGGGUAUACCUGUUAGGUUUCAGGAUGGAAAUCAACCUAUUGAGAAGAGCCCAGAGCAGCAGAUGAGAGCAGACUCCCCUGGACCCAGCUGUGUCUCCAUGAAGAGUGACUGGUUUAUGGAAAGAAUUAACUGUUUUGAACCAAAAAGAGUCCAGCAGCAGAGAGCAGACUCCCCUGGACCCAGCUGUGUCUCCAUGAAGAGUGACCACUCUAUGGGUAUACCUGUUAGGUUUCAGGAUGGAAAUAAACCUAUUGAGAAGAGCCCAGAGCAGCAGAUGAGAGCAGACUCCCCUGGACCCAGCUGUGUCUCCAUGAAGAGUGGCCACUCUCAACCUCCUGACCUGAAAGAUGGACGCCCCUCCAUAGAGGAGAGACACCAGGAGAGGUCAAAGGCUACCAGUGCUCAGUUUGAACAGCAGCAUCAAACAGAGCUGAUCAAGAGGGCUGAGGAGAACGCACACGCUUUCCUAGACAAGGAGCUGAAGAAGCUCUGGAGGGAUCUCUUCUCAGAUUACCCACAAUGCUCAGAGGGUCAGAGAGUGGAGGAGGAGGAGGUGGAUGGUAAGAAGGAGGAGCAGAGGAGGCGCGCCAUAGAGGGAGUGGUGGACAUCACAAAGCUCUGCCUGAUGGAGAUGAACCAGGAGGAACUGGCCGACACACUGUGGGGCGGAUCUGCUGCUGUUGAGUGCCAACAUAAAAUCAAGUCUCAUUUGAAGAAGAAGUUAAUGUGUGUGUCUGAGGGAAUCCCGAAAGCAGGAAAUCCAACGGGUCUGAAUGACUUCUACACAGAGCUCUUCAUCACAGAGAGAGGCAGUGGAGAGGUCAACAAGGAAGAUGAGGUCAGACUGAUUGAAACAGCUUCCAGGAAACCAGCCAAGGAAGAAACACCAAUCAAAUGUGAAGACAUCUUUAAACCCUUAACUGGACAAGAUCAACCAAUCAGAACAAUAUUGACAACUGGAGUGGCCGGCAUUGGUAAAACCAUCGUAACACAAAAGUUCACUCUGGACUGGGCUGAAGGCAAAGCCAACCACGACAUACACUUCACAUUUCUCUUAACUUUCAGAGAGCUGAAUUUACUGAAAGAGAAAGAGUAUAGCUUGGUGGAACUUCUUCAUCACUUCUUUAUUGAGACCAAAGAAGCAGGAAUCUGCAGAUAUGAACGGUUCAAAGUUCUCUUCAUCUUGGAUGGUCUGGAUGAGUGUCGACUUCCUCUGGACUUCCAGAACAACCAGACCUGGACUGAUGUCAAAGAGCCGUCCUCGGUGGACGUGCUGCUGACAAACCUCAUCAGGGGCGACCUGCUUCCCUCCGCUCGCAUCUGGAUAACCACACGCCCUGCGGCAGCCAAUCGGAUCCCUGCUGAGUGUGUUGACAUGGUGACAGAGGUGAGGGGGUUCACCGACCCACAGAAGGAGGAGUACUUCAGGAAGAGAUUCAGAGAGGAGACGCUGGCCAACACAAUCAUCUCCCACAUCAAGAAAUCACGAAGCCUCCACAUCAUGUGUCACAUCCCAGUCUUCUGUUGGAUCUCUGCUACAGUUCUGGAGGACCUCUUCAAAACAUCCCAGACAGAAGAGAUGCCCAAGACCGUGACUCAGAUGUACAGCUACUUCCUUUGGGUUCAGUCGAUACAGGGGGACAGGAAGUACUAUGGGAGAGCUGAAAUGGAUCCAAACUGGGGUCCAGAGAGCAGGGAGAUUAUUGUUUCUUUGGGAAAACUGGCUUUUAACCAGCUGGAGAAAGGCAACCUGAUCUUCUACGAGGCAGACCUGGCAGAGUGUCACAUCGAUAUCAAAGAAGCCUCAGUGUACUCAGGAGUGUUCACCCAGAUCUUUAAAGAGGAGUGCGGGAUGUACCAGGACAAGGUGUUCUGCUUUGUCCAUCUGAGCCUCCAGGAGUUUCUGGCUGCCCUUUAUGUCUUUCUGUCCUUCAUCAACGACGAUGUCAAUCUGCUCUCAGAAGAACCACCCACCUCUGGGGAAGAUAAACUCCUCCUCCUCUACCAGAGUGCUGUGGACAAGGCCUUACAGAGUGAGAACGGACAACUGGACUUGUUCCUCCGCUUCCUCCUGGGCCUCUCUCUGGAGACCAAUCAGAUUGUCCUACGAGGUCUGCUGGGACAGAGAAGAAGUACCUCACAGACCAAUACAAAAACAGUGUCUUACAUCAAGAAGAAGAUAGAUGGAGAUCUCUCUCCAGAGAGAAGCAUCAACCUGUUCCACUGUCUGAAUG